GGUAAGGCAAAAAAAGGCAGCUAUUGGGAACAUAUACCUAAGACUGAAUUCCAUCCUGCCCCGCAAAAUACGUCUUAACAAAGGCAUUCGACUGAACAGGAUACCGUAUACAACGAGCAAACCUUGUCGCAGAUGAACUCUCAGAUCAAAGAACCCUACCUUUCGAAGCCACUCGGACUCGAUGAUCGAUCCAUUCGCUUGCUCGUUGUCCAUCCGCCUUCCACCUCGGACAACGAUGGGGGACCUCUAAAGGCAGAUUUGACGGUGGCCCAACUCGACGAGCAUCCGGUCUUCUCUGCGUUAUCCUACGUCUGGGGAGUGAAGGCCUCCAAGCCUCGGGAUAUCAAAUGUGGAGGUUUCCCAGUCAAUCUGACCGACAAUUGCCAUUCAGCCCUGCAACAUCUGAGGCGACGCCUAGGGUCAUUUACCAUCUGGGUAGAUGCCAUUUGCAUCAAUCAGGAUGACGAAGCCGAGAAAUCAAGACAGAUACGCCUGAUGAGUGCCAUCUACCGAGGCGCGACAGAAGUCUUCAUCUGGCUGGGCGAUGGAAACGAGAGAACCAACAGGGCCAUGUCAUACCUGGAAGCUUAUGGACCGCUCGAGCGUGGCUUCAUGAGACUAGCAAACAAGAAGAGAGACAUUGGAUUCUGGUCGCCAGUUUCCACGCUCUUCUCGCUCUACAUCACCCGCUGGAUGCCGCAUAUGCACCUGCCUCCACCAAAAAGCUACGUCAAGCCAGGGUCGCCAAAAGAGACUUGGUACCGAACUCGGACAACGUCAGGAGUGGUUUUCGCUUCGGCUGAAGAUAUAACUGAGCUCCUGGACAGAGAAUGGAUCAAGCGAAUCUGGACAUACCAGGAACUCAUGCUCGCCAACAAUCCAAUCCUGGUUUGUGGCGACCACGCCAUUUCAUGGUCUGAUCUCGCCAUGAAACUGGCUACUUUUCACUACACGAGAAUCGAGUCAACUUCACCUACCCUGACUGCUUGGAGACGCAUAACACUCACCAGAAAACAUGUACAGGCCCAGCUGGAAUUUUCAGCAGCUUCUCCUAAAAAGGCUGACAAUCAUCCAUUUCUCAGAAUCGACUUGGGAGACUAUCACCAGUUCCUUGAGGUCAUCUCUGGCAUAAAACGUUUUGUUGGAACAGUCUUUACUCUGGUUUCUGCAGUACUCCUUUUCUUCUUCCUCGGCCUCGGCUUGGUCUUCAUGUCUACCAUGGUGUCCUUGCUAGAUGAACUGGGACCAGCAGAACCACCCGACAAAAAAAACGUCACCAAUUUUAGCGGUGGCCAGUGUCAGCAGGAACAUACAGAUACUAAGCACUGUAAGAUCAGCAGCCUAGUUCACUACGCUCGAGGUUGCGGUCUAUUUCUCGCGGGGAUCAGUGGCUUCGCCGCCUUCGUGUUGAUCGACUCCAAGAUUGGAUAUGUUGCGAAGACCCCACCCGGAGACGCAGUGUUGACCAAGGGCCAGAAGGAAGAAGAUUCCAAUCUGCACGAUCUGAUUGACGCUGUUUGUACACGAAACGCCACAGAUCCCAAGGACAAGGCGUUUGGGUUGUACCCAAUUCUAGAGGAACUCCUUCAGCAGAGGCUUCCCAUGCCGGAUUACAGUCUCCCAAUCGGACAAGUCUACCGCGCUCUAACUCUCUACCUCCUCCAAGCCACAGACUCGAUGCUCAUCAUCUUGGUAGCGGCGACGCACAACGUGGCUGGCGAACCAUCAUGGGUAGUGGAUUGGUCGGCAGAAUUUCCACGCUUUUGGUUGAGGCCAUCGCUCAUCACUGGCAAAAGCAAAGAUCUGCAAAAAGUGGCAACGGAUACAGCUAAUGGAAGGCACUGGCGCCCACUCAGUGAAGCAGACGACAAAGUGCUCGUCGUCCAAGGACAAAAGCUGUGGACGGUACGAACAUGCCUCAGUCUCCAAAGAACAGCGAGCUUUUAUCGGGAAACUGACGAUGCGUGUCAUCUUCACAAUCUCCACGUUAUAAUGUGCAUCCUCAAGGAGAGGUCAGCGCAGAUACUCAAAGACCUCCUUAGCGACUCGUGGAACCACCCAGACUUGCCGGACGACAUCGGUCCCCUGAAUCAAGUAGCAUACUGGAAAUUCCUUCGCAGGAAUAUAUCCAAACCAGCCGCGACAAUGCUGCAACUUCUCAAGAAGAGGAAGACAGGGAAAAUGUUUCUGUCCUUCCAUCCAGGGACAGUGUACAAGCGAGGGCACAGGACGUCUAAUGCUGAGAUCUUUCGCACUCAUAUCGCAAUCUGCAAUAGUCUGGUGCGAACAAACAGAAUGUUUUUCUCGGCCGUAGACAUCGACGACGAGGGCGAAAUGGGCGAUAUGAAGAAGUCGAGUAAUAAAAAACGUAAAGGUUGGGGAGUCUGUCUCCAUCGAGUUCAAGUCGGUGAUGAUGUGAUCCUUGUCCAGGGACUCGAAGUACCGAUUGUCGUACGUCGCAACGCUGAAUACCACCACCAACUUAUCAGUCCCGCUGUCGUAUUGCAGGUCCCAAAGAUAGACGAUAAGAGUUCGGAGGACAAAUGGUACAUUUCAUGAAAGGACUUGGACGCCUGGGGGGCUUCGAUGGGAAACUGCUGACGCGUGAGCUGUGUGUGGCGGUGAAAUAGGGGCUAGGGAAAACAGCAAAGCGACGAUUUCUCUGUCAAAUAACUAACUUCUGCGAAUAGGUAUCCUCAAGUACCGGUGAGGCUCCCGUUUAUAAAGGGGGCCCCCUGGGGCCUGAACUAGCUUCUGUGGAUGGGCAUCAGGAUAGGGCUCCAUGUGGCUCACCCAGUGCUCGGGCAUGCUCCCCCGGCACUCCCCCGUACUCUGCCGUGGCUCCCUCGACGCUCUCCCGUGGUCGGCCGGGCGAACCCGAUGCUCCGUUACGUGCCCUAAUUAAAGCGGCUUCGCUCUGUUGCUU